GAACUUUCACAGUGAAGGAUCAUUCACGAACUCGAGCUACACCAAGCAGAUCGAGAUCGGAUCGCCGAAACCUUAUCUGAAAAAGCCGGGAUGAGAAUCGAUCUAAUCAUGCCCUCAGGAUGACUUAAUGGAUUAACAGCGCAUGAAUUCUCCGCGACCGAGCAUUGACGUCAUUGACUCACCUCCUAGAUAUACAUCUCGUCAAGACCGAUGCAUUUCUUCAUGGGCGACCUUCAUCUGAAUACCUUCUCAAAACCUAGUAUAGGCCUUCACAAUGGCCCAGAAUGAUAACAAUAAGAAGAGAGUGGUGGUGAUCGGCGCCGGGGCCGCCGGUAUGUCCUGCGCCUCCACCCUAGCCAACCAUCCCGACAAAUUUGACAUUACCCUCAUCGACAGCGCCCCGCAGACCGGCGGCCAAGCGACCACAAUCCCCCUAGACGCCGCAAAGCAUGGCGGCGCGACCUGGCUCAACGACGGGGUGCAAGGCGGUUCCCCAAUCUUCCGCCACACCUUCCACUUCUUCAAGAAAUACGGCUACGAGCCGCACCCCGUGCAGCUGCAGGUCUCCUUCGGGAAAGGGCGAGACAGCUUCUUCACCAACGUGUUCCCCAGCCCGCUGGUGGACACCUACUCGGCGGAGAUCAGCAAGCUGGGCCGCGUGCUGCGCUGGAUCAAGCGGCUGAUGCCGAUCCUGGGCCUGAUGCCCAUCAAGACGAUGCUGCGGCUGUUCCGCUUCAGCACGGACUUCGGGCUCAAGAUGGUGCUGCCGCUGAUCGCGCUGUUCCUGGGGACGGGCAACCAGACCCCCAACGUGGCGUGCGUGCUGCUGGAGCGGCUGUUCGACGAUCCGCAGAUGCGCCUGUGGGAGUACGACGAGGACAUGCUGAUGCAGAACCGGCCGCAGAUGUACACCUUCCCCAACCUGGGGGAGUUCUACCACGACUGGAAGGGGGAUCUGGCGGCGAAAGGGGUGCGGGUGCUCCUGGAGACGGAGGCCGAUGUGUUGCACCGAAAGAAUAAACAAGUCAAGCUGCGCCUCCGGUCGGUGAAAGACGGGCAGCAGGAGCGCCCCAACGAGGCCGGCAAGGGGACGGUGGAGGACUUCGACGAGCUGAUCCUGUGCUGCCCCGCCGACGAGGCGCUGUCGAUGCUGGGCGCGCACGCGACCUGGCGCGAGCGGUACGUGCUGAACGGCGUCAAGUUCUUCAACGACCUGACCAUCACGCACACCGACUCCGAGUACUUCAACAGCCUGUUCGAGACCCGCUACAAGGAGGAGCUCUGCGGCAAGGCCAGCUCCGAGACCCGCCAGGAGCAGAUCGCCUUCGCGCAGCAGAUGCCGCCGCGCUGCCGCACGGACGGCUGGGAGGGUUUCGCCCCCAUGUACUUCACCCACUCCUUCGACUCGGACCCGGACAAGAUCGAGAUGGGCUUCGACUGCACCCACUACCAGCAUCAGUUCCGGGAGGCGAUCGGCGAGGACGCCCUGCCGCCCGAGCCCGAGCGCCACGUCUACCAGACCAUCUUCCUGAACGAGGACCACAAACACCUGUGGACGUGGGAGGGGAUCGACAAGGACAAGAUCAUCGGCGAGAAGUGGUGGCAUCAGUUCGGUCACCGCUGGCAGCAUUACCUGCGCGUCGUGCCGGGGAUGAUGUUCAUCAACGGGAAGAAUAAUACGUUGUAUGCCGGGGCGUGGACCAUGGUGAAUAUGCACGAGAUCGCAUGCAUCUCCGGAAUGGCAGCGGCCUACCGAUUAGGUGCGGUGUACGAGCCGUUCGACGACUUCGCCGAGGAUGUCUUCUCCAAGUACCUACUUGUCAGUCACGGCGUGAGAUACAAGCGGAGGACAUGAACAUAAUCCAUCAAAAAAAAUAUCGUUACAUUAAUUCAUAGUCAA